AUGUCCGCAGGACUCGGCGUCAUGCGCUUAUUCAUCAUCUUUAUGCUGGGCUGCCUGUGCCCGCGGCAGCACUGCGUCCAGCUGGAGGACUGGCCGGACCAUGCAGAUAGCCAGCCGCGGCUGCUGCAGCUUUUACAGCGCAUUCGCUUGGAGCGGCACUUUGAGACGAUCGUGGUGUAUGGCCGGGCGCCGUGUGUGUUCCAUGAGCUGCUGCCGCAGCUGGAGCUGCCCACGGUGCUGCUGGCCAAUGGCAGCAGCCUGGCGGAUUGGCGCUUCAACAGCGAGUCAACGCUGCUGCUGUGCUGCGGCCUUAGCGCCGAACAGGAGCACAAUCCGCACACCUUAUUGAGGCUGCAGCAGGCGCGUCGCUUGGUCCAGCUGGCGCCCAAGAUCCGGCCGCGGUGGCUGUGCGCGGUCUACUUUGCCCGGGAGCAGCACAAUGUGGCCAUGCUGGAUGCACGUGGCAAUGUCUACAGCUGUCGCCUGUUUCAGCAGCCGAACUAUGUGCAGCUCGUCAGCUUCGGCUCCGACUCCGACUCCAACUCCAGCUCCAUUUAUGUGCAGCAAUACGGCAAUGUGCAGGGCGCAGCAAUCAUAAGCGAAGCGGAUCAGCUGAUGCCGCGUUCCAUGCUCUUUCGGAAUCCCAGCACUGGCCAGCUGGAGAUGGUGGGCUUUGUGUGCAAUCUGAUUAACACGUUUGUGAGGCGUUUGAACGCAACGCUAAAACUGCGUCCGGACAUCGAGCUGGGCAAAACCAUAUACUAUGGCAUUAUGGAGCGGCGAGUGCAGGGGAACGAGCUGGAUGUGGCUGCCUCGUUGACGACCACCCUGACAACGAAUAACAUGGACUAUCUGAGCUAUCCGUUUGUGUCGACGUCAUAUUGCUUCAUGAUACCCUUGCCGGCACGGCUGCCCUACAAGAAGAUCUACACGGUCAUUGUGGAGCCUCUGGUGCUGGGCGUGCUGCUGCUGCUGUUCCUGAUCUUCUCGCUGCUGCUCAUCUACAGCCAGGAGCUGAGCUGGCGUCGUCUGAGUCUCAGCCAGCUGCUGCUCAACGAUCGCUGCCUGCGCGGCCUGCUCGGCCAGGCGUUCCCGUGGCCCCAGCAGGCCAGCCGCCAUCUGAAGGCCAUUUGCUUGCUGCUGUGCUUCGCCAGCCUCAUGACCACCACCAUGUACGAGUCCUAUCUGCAGUCGUUCUUCACCCAUCCCCCAGCCGAGUCGAUGCUGCGCAGCUUUGCCGAUUUUCGCGAUUCGCCCUACAGAAUUGCCGUGGAUCGCAAGGAAGCGAACCGCAUGCUCCAGAGCUACAAUUUGACCACGGACCAUGCUCGCAACGCCUUCAUCCUGGAAAGUUGGCAUGAGUUUGUAAAAAUGCGCGACACCUUCAACGCCAGCUUUAUUUACCCUGUCACCCGUCUGCGCUGGAAGUCCUACAACGAGCAGCAGAAGCUCUUCCAGGAGCCCAUGUUCUACUAUUCGGAGGACGUCUGCCUGCAUCGCUUCAUGCUUAUGUGCCUGCCUGUGCGUCGCCAUUGGCCAUAUCGCCAGCUCUUUGAAAAUCACAUGCUGUCCAUGUGGGAGUUUGGCGUGAUGCAGCUCUGGGUUCGCAGAGCCUUCUACGAUAUGGUGCAGCUAAACAUGACCAAGCUGGUGGACUUCAGUUCUGGCAAGCCGGAGGAAGAUGCGGUCUAUGUUCGCGAUCUCUCCUGGAUAUUCUUUUUCUAUGUGUCUGCCAAUCUACUCGCCUGCAUUUGCUUUGCUGUCGAAUUCUGCUGGGGCAGAUACGUUUGA